AUGGAACAGAGCAAAUAUCAUAAUGUUGAGAUUUCAUCACUAGAGGAAGUGAAUGAAGCUAGGGAGGCUUUUGGAGAUGACAAGCCAAUUAGAUUCCAAGUUCUUAGAUCAGUCUUAGCUGAAACUUACUUAGCCAUCGUGGAAAACUUUGAGGCUGAAAAUGCAAGUUCCGGAAGAAGUGAUUUCAUCAGAUAUCCCCGAAAUCCACCCUACGAUCCUCCUCCGGUGGUUAUAACUCAAAACUUCGAGGAAUUUAAAGAUGCACUCAAAACACUUGGGACGUAUAUGGAGAUAAACGUUCCUGUUGAUGUGCAUCCAUACGUACGUCAACGUGUAUUCCUGUGGGAAGACGACAUCGAGGUGGAAGUUAACAACAGGGACGGAAUAUAA